UGGUUACUUUCGCACGUUGCCUAUCGCUAUUGAGCAAUGCUAGUUCUACCCCUUUCAACUUGUUGAUAAUUUCGUUGUCAGAAUUUCACUGUUAUUUACACUCUUGGCAAGCCUUUAACUUGAAGUUGAACGUCAUCAUGGCCGUUGGGAAGUAUGCGAUGUCUAAGGCGACAUUUUAUGAUGAGGCGAAGAGUUAUUGGGAGCAAAUAAGCCCGACUGUGAAUGGAAUGCUGGGCGGUUAUGGAAGCAUUUCCAAUAUUGACGUCAAAGGGUCCAUCAACUUUCUCAAACCAAUGCUACUGUGUGAAUGGAAAGAGCGCGUUGGAUCUGAAAGAGCGCUAGACUGUGGUGCCGGCAUCGGCCGCGUCACCAAACAUACUCUCCUGCCCUUAUUCCAGACGGUCGAUCUCGUCGAACAAGAGCAGAAAUUCCUCGACCAAGCCCCUGCGUUCCUGGACGAAGGAGCAUCCAAAAUCGGGAAAUACAUCUGUUGCGGACUUCAAGAGUUUGUUCCUCAAGCCAAACACUACGAUGUCAUCUGGUGUCAGUGGGUCUUAGGACAUCUCACCGAUAAGCAUCUUGUCGACUUCUUCAAGAGGUGCAAGGAAGGGCUGAGGGACGGGGGUGUCAUCUGCGUCAAAGAGAACAUUUCGAAGGAGGGUUAUGUUUACGACGAACAGGACAGUAGUGUAACACGAUCAUCCAAGGAGCUGACCAAGAUUUUCUCAAAAGCGGGACUCACGAUCUUGAAGGAAGAAACCCAAACGAACUUUCCUCUGGAGAUUUAUACCGUCAAGAUGUUUGCUCUCAGAUGAAAAAAAAUCACCUCGUCCUGUAGUUGAUUUCUUAUAAUGUAUUGACAGUUUCAGGAAAAUGGCAGAUUUUGACUUUUUUGCAAAGUUACAAACCAAAGUCUUCCUUAAAGGAUUCGGGUACUUUUUGAAAUAGUCCAAAGAUAAUGAUAGUGGAAAGCUCCCCUUCAAAUAUUACUAA